UGGCAUCUAUAUUCUAAGAGCACGUACGCACCCGACUGAGCUUGACCAGGGAGGAAGCGGAGUAGGUGCCACGAGCUAUAUAAGGGGUUUGAGGAUCCCCCAAAUCAUCACACUCAGCUUGUGCGCCUCGUCAUCUCACCUGCACCUCUGUAACCAUGCUUCGUCUUGUGGUAUUGGCUAUGGUAGUGGUGGUUGUGGUUGGCUUGAGUCCUCCCUUCAGGCCUAAACCUGCUCCAGGAUGCAGCUACUACUGUAUUAAACCAGAAGGGCCCAACAAGGGCGCCAGCUACUGCUGUAGUCCACCUCACGUUCCACUGCUUCCAGAACAGAAACACCCUGGUAGGUGCCCACCUCCGCUCAAGGAAUGCACCAGAGGAUUUAUACCAAAGAUUUGUCCACAUGAUGGACACUGUCCCUAUGGCCAGAAGUGUUGCUUCGACACCUGUCUUGACCUACAUACCUGCAAGCCUGCAUACUGAAUACAAAAACAUCUGUGACUCAUCUCCAGAUGGACUGUACCAAUGGUUGCUGGCCUAACCUGACUGCGACCAUCAUAGACCUAUCGCUUGUAAUGACCCUUGUUGUGUAUUAUCUCUUGUUUUCUUAAUGUUUAUUAAUAAUGAACAUCUGUUUCGUGUGUAAAGGAGAGGAUAUUUCUAUGUUCAAUAAAACUGUUUUCUCAA